CUCAAAAAAUCCCACCUCUCCUCUCUGUCUCUCUCUCUCUCUCUUUCACACACAAAAAUACACAUACAAAGCUAAAUUAAGCUAAGAAUCUAAGAUGGAGUGCAGUGACACAAACACUAACUCUACCACUUCUUCAACCCCACUCUCAAGUUCUCCUUCAUCAUCCUCCUCUCCUUCUUCUUCUCCUCCUCCAACUCCACCUAUUGUGAUAAGCCCUUGCGCGGCUUGCAAGAUUUUGAGGCGAAGAUGUGCAGAGAAAUGCGUGUUGGCCCCCUACUUCCCUCCUACUGAGCCAGCCAAGUUUACCAUUGCUCAUAGAGUGUUUGGUGCUAGCAACAUCAUCAAGUUCUUACAGGAACUCCCAGAAUCCCAGAGGGCUGAUGCAGUGAGCAGCAUGGUUUAUGAAGCCGGUGCAAGGAUCAGAGACCCAGUUUAUGGGUGUGCAGGGGCAAUUUGUCAGCUUCAAAAACAAGUUAACGAGCUCCAGGCACAAUUAGCCAAAGCACAAGCUGAGCUUGUCAACAUGCAAUGCCAGCAAGCCAACCUUGUAGCCUUAAUUUGCAUGGAAAUGUCACAGUCUCCACAGGCAACGGUUCAACAAUCACUUGAGAGUAAUUUCAUCCCCAGCACUCCUAACAACUACCAGAACAAUCCAUGCUUCCUUAAUGAGGAUAACAACCCAUGCUUAUUGUGGGACCAUCCUGUUUGGACAUGAUCAAAAUUAUAAUCUAUAUAUAGUAGUAGUGUAGCCAAAUAUUUCCAACUUAAUCUCCUAAGGAGAACUUGAAGAACAUUAUUGGAUUAAUAAAUUAUAACUUAUAGUACGAACUAGAUGUAAUAUUAUAUGAACAAAUUAGUGGGGGAGAAAUGUAACAAUCUCUUUGUUAAAGCUAGGCAAAGUAGAUGGGUUUUAUCUUCUUCUAUGUAAUCUUGCAGUAUUGGAGAAAAAGAGAUAUGUUUGUUCUAAAGUC